AUCUGCCUGAGCCAAUCAUGAUGUACAGCUAUCAGACCUCCCAAGGAAUUGUGCAUGGUUUCCAAUGGGUCCCUGCCGACGCCACACAGAUCCUGCUAACAAACGCUCAGCUCCCCAAUACAGUGAGUCCUCAGAUCACCUGAGUGUUGUCACAUGACCCCUGAAUACUGGGCAUGCGGAUCAGGGACUUGCGGCAGGAUCCUUUGGUUUUGAUCUUUUGGGUGGGGAAGGUAAUGUGGUAUCUGAGCAGUGGUACGACCAAAUCCCCCAUUCCACCUACCCUGGUGGACCUGACCCUAUCGCAAUGGCAGCAUCUCUGUCUGUCCCCAGGGGACGCUCUCCUUAUAGUGCUCGCGCGCCCUCUCCAAUGUCGCUGCCUAGACAUUCUUCAUACUCACGCCCUCCUUCUCACGCGCCGUCCCCAUACCAAAGUCGUCAGCAGUCGAGAUCACCCUAUCCUCCCCACCGCACACCUCCACCUGAUGCCCGCCCUCACCCCCAUGCGCCAUCCCCAUACCAGAGUCGUCGGCAGUCGAGAUCACCCUAUUCUCUCCACCGCACUCCUUCACCUCAUGUCCCCCCUCCGCAAAUGGUAUACCCACACGGGCAUGUCUUGGAGGAUCAGCGUAUUGUGGCUCCCCAGUUGCGAGUACCCUCUCCAUUUCCCAAUGCACCCGCUGGGCCAGGAUUUCAUUCAUCUUCGCGUAUGCCCAUCAUUACUUUUCCCAGAGAAUCAAUGUCGGACUCUGCACCGCAUCCGUUCGCCCGUUCGCCGAAUACCGCUCAAGCUCACACUCCGUUCAGCACGAUGAGAAUUCAAGGCAUGGAUCAAUUUUACAACCAAAUUCCAAGCAUGCCAGUGGUGCUCGAUACCUAUGAUGUUCGCCACCAAGAUUGGAGCAUAUUCAUGAAUAAUCUUGCUCUUGCGUGGAUGGGAAAAUUGCCCCUUCCCGAGUUUGCCAAGGACCGUCCGCCUUCGCGGAGCUCAAUUGUUGCAGAUUUGAUCAAUCUGUGGAACAAUUCCUUCUUCCUUCCCCGCCGAGUCGAGAUAGUCCUCUACAAGGGUCGCGAGCGACGCUCAGGCCCACGCGCAGGGACUGUAGACGAUCAACUCUCAUUGCCUGAAUCGGAAAGGGCUAACGAACGCGAGCGGAAGUACUCGUUAUACUUGACCUGUGUCACGCCUUAUGUUGACGAUCGCAGGUACCCCGGUUUCGACAGCGUCCCCGCAUCCCGCCGUCCCGUACCCCAUAGCUACUAUCGAUGAUGGAAUAACAAACUUGCAAGAAUGUGGACUUGUUAUUGUUAUUGUGCUACUCGCGUGUAUGAUUGACUAUGUAUUGAUAACCGCACUUUGACCCAUUGGCAGGCUGAUCAACUUAGUCACUCGAGUAUGUUUUUCGACUGCGAUCUUUCAGAAAAUAAAUCCUAGCCAUUUUCAUAUCGAUGUAACAAGUCCACUAGUUG